AUGGGAGGCGUGCCAUAUCAGAUUACUACUGUUGGCAUGGGCUUGGCUUUACAGAUGUUCCUGCUGGAUGAUGUACAGGUCAGUAAUGUUACUCAUUGUCUGCCUGCCUGCCUACCUGUCAGUCAGUCAGUCAGUCCACUCCACUGUCUCAUGUCUGUCUGUAUAAUCUCUCUGGCCUGGAGUCCUUUCUGUCCCUGGCUCUUUUGCAGAUCGAGGCCUUCUAUGUUUCUCUGAUCCGUCAAGAGGAACUGCCCCAUCCCUACCUUCAGGCUAGUGAGCUGCAGCGGUUUGACACCCAUCAGCAAACUCAUGCCAUGGUUAGUGGAUCUCAAUAAUGCCUCUUCCAUUUUUAAAUUGACUUUGGGCAGUGUCUCCAUACCUUUUGGGUCCUCUCCUAUGUCCUGCUGUGGUUCAUGUCUCAAGCCUUCAGUGCUCCCUGGUACCUCACAGCAAGCUGCCUGUUUGAGACCCUCAUGACUGUAAGAUCUACAAUCUCAUCCACUGGAUGAGACAUUUCAGCCUGUUAACAUCCAGCCUACUCUACUUUAUCCUCUACAUCCUCAACCACUGUUUACCUUGCUCCAUUUCUGUAUCAUCAUUUCUACUGUAUGUAUCCCAACCAAAUCACGUGGCUGCUUUCUGUAGCCUAAUCUCUGCAGGGUUAUUAUCGUUGCAUCUUGAGAAUUACCUGACUGUAUAAAACAGGAAUGACCAUUUCCUUCCCCUUGGGGCAUCACUAUGGUUACUGCCUUCCAUACUCUUCCUGUGUCAGUGUGACCAUGGUUACAAAGCGCAAUUCUUGACUGACUCCAUAGUUACAGUAUCACAUACCUCUUUUUUGCACCGUCACAAUGGUUUCUGUCUCUUUCCUAAUAAAAAGCAUGAGCUGGGGCACACCCAGAGAACAUCACUUGGUGUAGAGGUGCUGACUAACGGCGAAUAAACUGUAAGCUAUAAAAACAAAUAAAGAGAGUCGCACACUCUAUGUAUAAACUCCCAGUAAUUGAUUGGGUAAGAAACCACCAACGUUUUGGCAUCACUGUGCCUUCUUCGGGGUAAUGUCAUGAACGCUUGAACCUGGUUAUGUAGACAAACAGUGCAAUUAGUGCAACCAAUGACAAUAGUGAGGGGUGUGUCGUAAUUGCUUGGUUAAUCAGAAUGAAUUGAGCGAAACUGUUAAAAGACAAUAGCCCAUGGCAUAUUGAAUAUAUUAUGCCAUUGUUAUCAUUAGCAUUAGCAUAACAUUAGCAUCAACAUACAUUGUUUCAUUUAAUUUCACCUUUAUAUUUAAAUAUUUCCAAUUUCAUUAAAUGUUUUUGUUACAUGUAAUCUUUUGGUUCAACCAUAAUGCAUAAUAAGCAUAAUCAACAGGGGGAACAUAUUGGGUGUACGCUGAUAAGCUGUAGAAAGAAUACAUUCAUUUUCAAGACCUGUUCACAGAAAAUAUAAUUGGUCAUAAGAAGGGCCUGAGAUCAAAGUCAAUAUUCAGACCACUAGGGGUCAAUGUUUUUAGAUAGAAUAUCCAGUAGGCCUCCCUCUGUAGUAGUAGGGUCUCGAUGUUACCUCCUCUCCUUGGUAGAGUAAAACACUCAAUACCUGUGUAUUUGAGGGAGGAGAUGGGAUGGUUAGCUUCAACAAAGUGGGCUGCUACUGGAUAGUCAGUGUUCUUACACCUGAUUGAGCUGCGGUGUUCAGCUAUGCGUUGUUUUAAUUGUCUUUUCGUUUGUCCUACGUAGGCUUUCCCACAUCUACAGCUGAUGAGAUAGAUUACUCCCUUUGUCUUGCAUGAGAUGAAACUCCUAACAGGGAUUUUACAACCUGUAUGUGGGUGUCUGAAGAAGGAUGUUUUUGUAGUGCUAUUGCACUGUGCACAUGAGCCACAUUUGUAGUUCCCAUUUGGAAUAGGUGUCAAGAGUGUCUGAGUGGGCUCAGGGGGCAGGUCAGAUCUCACUAAGCUAUCCCCAAUAUUGCGACCACGCUUAUAUACCACCAGUGGGUGUUCCUUGAAGAGGUGUGCAAUUUUUUUGUCUGACUGCAGAAUAUGCCAGUGCUUUUUCAGGAUUGCUUUCAUUUUCUCCGAACACUUGGUGUACUUAGUGCAAAACACUGUUGCAUUGUUUUUCUGUCUCUUUCCUGACAGUGUAUUAAUGUGCCUUACCUUUCGCUGAGCAUGACACAGAGACUCUGCCAUAGCCUACAGUAAGAGCUUCACAUCCACUCUGUCUCAUUUUUCACAUUGUAUUGAUGAAUUACAUUCAGUAACAAUUGAUAAAAUCAUACAUUUCAGUUUUUCCAACCUCACCUGUCCCUUGGUCUGUCUGUUUCUCCUUCUCUCUCUCUCUCUCUCAUCUCUCUCUCUCUGAUAGGGAUGAGUGUGGAGCUGCUGGCGAUGCUGGUGGCCUCUGUGAUUCAGGCUCAGGUUGUGACUGUAUUCUACACAGAGAGGGCUGGGGCCUGGCAGCAGCUGGACCAGAGACAGGAGCUGCCUCACAACACUCCUUCACCACAAACCGAUACACUACAGGCCACGGUACUACUUCCCCUCUGAGACACACUGCAGAAGGACAUGGUGCAAGUAACUGUUUCCCAGUCUCAAACCCUAACCUAAGCCAGCACUGAAGGACAUAACACUAUCCUACUAUGUUAGCUUAGCAGAAUUUCUUUGUCUGUGGAAGUGAACUUACCUAUGGUGCCAGGGAUAUCAUAUUACACUGUAAUUAACUGUUCUUAGCACAACAAAGGCCAUUAUUGUGAGUGUGUGUACACGUGGGAGUGUGCAUUUCAAGGACGUGAGUUUCUCUUGUUUGUUUACCCAUAGGCCUGUGCGUUUUAUGCAUACAUGUGAAUCACUUGUGUUUGUGUAGCUUUGUUUAUCUGUGAGGUUUUGUGUAUUUUUCCCUAGUGUAAGGUUUUCCUGACCUCAGCGCUGGUCAUGGGUGGGCUGUUCUUCCUCUGCUGCCUGGUCCUCUUCCUGGGGGUGAAAGAGCAGCGGGGUGAGUCAGCGGUCAGAACACUGGAAUUAGGGUUAAAGAGUGGUUAGUUUAGAACUGCUAGAGCAAAGCACAUGGGAGGUCAAGGCUCAGUAGAACGUGUUCAAGAGUCUAGUGCUGGAAGGUGGGAUAAAUGAUGGAUAGUCUUGGAACUACACCUCUCUCUGAUUUUGUCUCCAGCUCCCCUCUCUAGUCUGGAUAGAGUGUAUGUGUCCUAUCUUUCCAUUCUAAAGAUACUAUUGUGCCACGUUCCUUACCAACGACUGAUCCUUGGCUUCCUCUUUGCUGCACUUGCCUUCUAGAUAAAUCAUUGCGUGGACUGCAUCCAAAUAUAUCAACAACAAAUGAAUAAUUCUUGAAACAACUAACGCCCAUUUGUCCCUUCUUAGAUGUCUUUGGGGAACUUUGCACUGUUCUGUACCCAUGCAGCUGGGCUUGGGUCCCAGUUCCAGCACCUUCUGUCUCUGCUGGUAAGAUGUUGCUUGUUGCUACACACAGUUCUGUCAACUUCACACAUAAUUGUAUCACACACCCCACACCCUCUUGACUGCAAAAGGACGGUCUGAUUGGCCCAAUACACAGAUGACAGAACACAAUUGUUAUCCAAUCUGGCAUAUCAUACUCUUUAUGAUUUGAUAUAUGUAUGUGUAGCUGGUAUUCGUCUCUGCAAGCUAACCACUUAUUCCUUAUUAAAGGGCAAAAACUAUAGCCACAAGACAUUCUCUUGUUAGUGUUUAAUAUCUGGGAUGGUUGUUUGUUUGUCCUAACAGAUUGCAGCAACUAUAGCUGUUCCACUGUUGCAGGCAUCUCUGGUAUGGGUUUGGAACUAGAUCACACUCUUCAUUGGUCUGUGAGCACAACAUUGUUUCUCCCUUCAUGACAAUGUUUAUGCUUACAGUAAUAAUAGUCCAUUCGAAUUACUUACUGUGUGUGUGAAAUUAUUAUGUUUUCGUAUUUACUGCCAGUCUUCGUGACCAUGUGUGUGAUGCUAUGAUUCAGCUUGGCAACCAUGUUCCUGUUGCCUUGGUGAGUCUGCAGUUAGGGCUGUGUCUCUGCUCUCUACUGUAAUCUGCUCCAGUUCUGUCUCUGCCUCUGUCACUCUGAAUGACACUCAACACACACAAAAUGCUGACUUGAUGAUUCAUUCAUAAACCCCCAUGACAGCCUGUCAAGUGUUGAAUAUUCUGAAAUGCUGAUAUAUGCUGAUCUGACACUCAACCAUGACAUUACAUUGAGUCAUACAUCCACCUUCUCCUCCUCUCCCGUUCUCUCCCCCUCAUUAUGUAAAAUCUAAUUUCAUGUUUCUAUCACCAUAUUAUCUCAAUUUAUGUUAUGUAUUUAAUGCAUGUGUGUGUAUAAUUUGUGUUUGUAUGUAUGCUUGGUUGUACUGCAGCUUUGUUGGGUACACUAUUAGAAAAAAGGGUUCCAAAAAGGUUAUUCAACUGUCCCCAUAGGAAAAACCUUUUUGGUUCCAGGUACAACCCUUUUCGGUUUCAGGUCGAACCAUUUUAAUGGUUCUUCAUGGAACCCAAAAGGGUUCUACCUGGAACCAAAAGGGGUUCUACCUGGAACCAAAAGGGGUUCUACCUGGAACCAAAAAAGGUUCUACCUGGAACCAAAAAGGGUUCUUCAAAUGGUUCUGCUAUUGGGACAGCCAAUUAACCAUUUUAGAUUUAAGAGUGUACUGUGCAGUUGCCUGUAGCCAAAGUGAGGAUGUGGUGACUGCUCUGAUUGUGCUGUUUGCCCCUCUGCCCAUCACCCUGCUACUGAUAGGGCUGGUCUUCUUCCACCUGUACCCCAUCAACGAGGAACAACGCCUCCAGCACCAGAGAGAGCAAGGCAGAGAGUGA